UCUCUCAACCAAACUUUCUGAAUGAUCCACUAGUAUCUGUAACAAGGCUAAGUUUUGGGGAGUUUUUGUCAACUGAACAUUUGUUGAACGUUUUCCAUUUAGUGUGCCUCUCCACCAUUUUCUGGUUCAUGAAGUUAAUAACAGAAAGGUUUUGGUUGUCUUUAAGGAAGGUAAUAACAAGGAUGAAUACCCAAAAAAUCAAGUGAUAUAAAGGAGCAACAAAUUCAUUUGGUAACAGACAACGAAGUUUACGGCUUACAACAUUUUCUCAGAAAUAUAAGGAGUAAGAAAGGAGUUAAUGGUUUUAAGAGUUUCCAGAUCCAAUCUCAUCAAAGUUAAGGAUAUUGCUCCCAUUUCAUCACACUUCCUGAAUAUCAAUCAGGGUUCGGAAGAAUGGCUAGGCUGACUGCUAGUUUAUUUAGUACUGCCCUUGGUUUUUGGGAAGAAAAGGGUGACAAACGAGUUGAGUUGUGGGAGCAAAAGGUUUUUGGGAAGAAGCCUGUUGUUUCUAAAUCUAAUUACGAAGCUAUGUUGUGGGGGUCUACAAAAGAAGGCAAAGCUAUAGAUAGGUAUAAAGACAUUACAGGGAAUGUUGUGGAGAAAUUUGGGUUUCAGAUAUAUCUCCAAUGGUUGGGGGCAUCUCCUGAUGGCCUGAUUACAAGAUUCCGUUCUGGUGUUGUUGAGGAUUCAGAUGGAAUCCUCGAGGUCAAAUGCCCAUACAAUGAUGGGAAGCCUGAGCUUGGGAAGGCUUGGACCUCAGUACCCUACUACUUAAUGCCACAAGUUCAUGGUUUAAUGGAAAUACUUGAUAGAAAUUGGAUGGAUUUAUACUGUUGGACUCCCACUGAAAGCUCAAUUUUUAGGUUACAGAGAGACCACGACUAUUGGGCUUUGAUUUUUGAACCGCUCAGAGAGUUUUGGUUUGAAAAUGUUGUACCUGCGAGACAAGCUCAUGAAACUCAUGGGAAAGAUAAUGCCUAUCAAUAUAAGCCUUCUCCGAAGCACAGUUUAACAAAUGAUAUCAUAGCUCAGAGUAAAGUAAUAGCAGAAAGGGCUUCAUUGACUUGCAAGAAAUUUAGUGGCUAACUGAUUUUUAAGUGAAUUGAUGGCUAUUGUAAUUAUAUUUCUAAAUCAAAAUUAAAUUGGGGUGUGCUUUUGCAUCUCAGCGUCCCUUUAUUCUUUUGGAAAAUUUUGCUAUAUGCAUUGUAAGUCCUUAUGGAGGCUGAUGGAUUGGUAGAAAAUAUCCCAUUUUGAUUGGCUUCUUAUUUA